AUGAGCGGAGAAAAGGACCAGAUGACCACGUCGCCGCCGGAGAAGCUCCAGGGGUUUGAAUGGUGGAGAAGAUCGCUACAGUAUCGAACCGGGUUGGGUUUGAGUGCCCAAGAAGCAAAGCAGUUUGAACACGAUUGGCUAGCCACCAAGAAACCGCUUCUGAAUAACGCAGCAGAGGAGUACCGGGACUGGGUGCUAAGGUACUCGCCCACCGUGAGGUUUAUGAUGGACCACAUCCGGAAGCUUGGGUUUGAUAUUAGCUCUAAACAUAUAGUAUGUGAGCCUUGUGGGGACAAUUUGAAGAGUGGAGGAUUUCAUGAAUCCGAAGGAAUAUUACUUUGUUCCGAUCAAAUCAGAGAUAAAUGGCAUUUAGAAGAUACUUUGGCUCAUGAAUUGGUUCAUAUGUAUGACUAUAUCAAAUUUGACGUCAAUUUGAAGAAUUUAAAACACCAUGCCUGUACUGAAAUUAGAGCCUCCAUGUUAAGUGGAGAGUGUCGAGUGAUGAACGAGAUUCAGAAAACUGGCUUAUCUAACUUUGGUGAAAAAUUCCAACUGUGUAUAAAGAGAAGAGCAGUGCUUUCGGUUACUGCUAAUCCUUACUGUGCAAAUAAAGAAGAAGCAGAAAAAGUCGUCAAUAGCGUUUGGCAAUCUUGCUUUAAUGAUACCAGACCUUUUGAAAGAGUUUACCGUUAG